UGCCCCGCGUGUCCUUGGAAAUCGGCUGCCUGAAAGAAAGAAUUUUAUUACUUUUGGUUUCAGAAUGAUCAUUCAAAAAUAAGCGAAAUAACUUUGAUUAAUUAUUACUCGGCUGGUAUAAUAUAUUUGUCAUGUAGCUAUAUUUGUCAUCGGUCGAGGGUCAAAUAUACAUAAUUAAAGACGUAUCAAUUCAUCUGCAAUAAAAAGCUACAUUCGCUUCUUAAAAACUCAUUAAUUCGGAGUUAACUGGAUGUUGAGAAACCGCUGUUUAAACAAUCGACACAGACGAAUUCGGUCAUUUCAGUGAAGAGAUGUUGUGAUGUAAAACGGUUAAGAAAAAUUGAAUAUUUGGUAAUGGCGAAGCUACUGAGUUCAAAUGUCGCAACAUUCCUUGGUGUGUUUACCGCCAGUCAAAGUGUUGUCGGCUGUAUUACAAAUACGUUAGUACUUUUGUAUUUUCUUCUGUCAAGAAGAUCUCUAAGCGAAACAGCUGAUAAACUUAUCCUAAAUUUAUGUAUAGCGGAUUUUUUUGCUCUCGUAACGUAUGUACCGUGGAGAUCUUACCUUCUUUUUCUCAGGACUACGACGGGGAAUUUUAAAAUCUACACCUCGCUGUUUGUCGUGUGUAUAUUCUCGACCGGUAAUGCGAUAUUGCUGAUUGGAUUUGAUAGAUUCAUUGCAGUGGUUUGGCCAUUAAGGUAUAGAGUAUUGAUUACGUCGAAUGUGUUAUGGAUUGCUGUUGUUGUUUCGUGGUUGACAGCCAUUUUGCUUGGAGUCGGUCAUGCCGUGAGUUAUGAAAUCGAUAUUCAUAAAGAAUACGAACUCUUGCUUUGUGCCUUGUCAUUUUCACAGUUGAUCAUACUCUCUAUCAUCUACGCUGUUAUACUCCGGACCGCAAGAGUCCAAGCAAGGGAGAUGGCAAGACGGUUUGGUUCUUUCACAAGUACAACUUCAAAUCAACACUAUUCCAUGAAAAGAACAAUCCGUACAACAUUCCUCAUCGUCUGUUUUUUCUACGCGGUUUUUCUUCCUUAUGCUGUGUAUCGAGUCGUUUCAACUGCUGAUAAAAGUAUAUCGAAUGAUGAAAAACAUGUCACCUGGCGUUGGUUAAAUGCAUUCACCUUCUUGAAUUCGUGUUUUGAUCCCUUGAUAUAUUUCUUUGGCAUGAAGAAAUACAGAACAAGGUUCAGACAACGAUUAUCACGAAUCAACAGCGAAACUGCAGAGGAAAUGCCUGCGCUCUCUAAUGUUACAAGAGAAAGUCAGUGUCAAUUGCAGAGCGAUGUGAUUUAA